GUCAUGUUUCUCCUACUGUGCGUGGCGGUGUGCGUGGGCGUGGGUGCGGGCGUGGAGGUGGAGGUGGAGGUGUCUGGGGGCGUGGUGAGGGGCGUGGAGAGAAAGAGUGAGAGUGGGAGAGUGUACCACGCCUUCCUUGCCAUACCGUACGGCAAGGCGCCCGUAGAUCGACUCCGCUUCAUGCCCCCCCAGGCCAGCGAGGCGUGGGAGGGGGUCCUGAACGCCACCGAGCCGCGCCCCCCGUGUGCCCAGGCCGCCCUUGGGAUCACAGAGGGCGUGGAAGACUGUCUCAAUCUCUAUGUGUACACUCCUAAGGAACGCUCCGGCAAGCUCCCUGUGGUGGUGUGGCUGCACGGGGGCGCCUUCGUGGUGGGGGGGGCGGCGUCCCUGCGUGAACACCUACUGAUGGAUAGAGAUGUUGUGUUGGUGGUGCCACAAUACAGACUAGGCGUACUGGGGUACUUCCACACACCCUCCGGCACCAGCAUGGGCAACAUGGGGGCGCUGGAUCAGGUGUGGGCGCUGCGCUGGGUACAGGAGAACAUUGCGGCGUUUGGCGGAGACAGCGGCAGUGUGACCUUGGCCGGGGACUGCGCUGGGGGGGCCUCGGGGCUGUACCAUAUGUUGUCCCCUCUGUCUGUAGGCCUGUUCCACCGGGUAAUAUCCUUCUCCGGGGCGCCACUCUCCCCCUGGGCUCUAUACACUCACAAUCACCGCUUCAUGUUGAUCCUGGCCAACUAUAUUAAGUGUCCCGCGCAUGACCAGAAGCUGACUGUCAAAUGUUUUCAAGAGGUGACGGUUGACGAGUUACUACACCCUGUUCAGAUGCUGUGUGAGGUGCGGGACCCCCUCGUGGGCAACCACCGACUCUCCCCCGUGGUGCAGGACACUGAGAGGACGCCCCCGGAGUCCCUAUUCCUUCCCUACCACCCCCUCACCCCUCUCACAGACGGCCCCCCCUCCCAAGUGCCAGUUUUAAUGAGUGUGACUGAGGGCGUGGGCACACACCUAGUGGAUAUGCUUCUGUACGACUUCAUUAAGUACAAGAUGGAGGUGGAUGAUGACUUUCUGCCCAAGCUUCUGCCAAUGCUGCUGAAGGAGACAUACAUGAGGAAUCACACUCAGCACGAGGAGGAGUUCCAGAAUUUCUACUUUUCUGGAAUCAACUGGAAUGACCUCACGGAGAUAUUGCCCGGGCUGGAACAGAUGCUGGGAGAUAUUCAGUUCAAGGCGGGAAUUUUGGCCACCGCCUCUCUCCUCUCCCAACACUCUCCCACCUACGUCAUGAGAUACGCCUUCAAGCAUGGCCCCUCUCUGUUCACCCAUCGCCAUCCUGACCCCUCCACGGCGCCCCCCAUGCCCGCCCAGGCUGGCCGGGACGAGGUAGCCCUGGUGAUGCCUGAGCUGGGCCACACCUACACACCUGGGCAGAGGGAGGCCACAACACACCUGCUGGACAUGAUUGAGAACUUUGCAUAUGGAAGGUAA